UCCACUGUUGUCCCCAUACUAGCCCUCGAGUGCCCAGCAGUUUUGUUCUCGUGUCUUGCUAUUUCUGCGAAGCAACUGGCUUUGACAAAGGCGGGAGAUGAACUUCAAAUAAAGGAAGACGUCGCGGUGCAAUACUAUCAAAAGGCCCUGAAGGCCUUCAGUACCCUGUUGAUGAAACCUGAUUCGGCACAUAGCGAUGAAAUCCUGGCAUCCAGCAUCAUGCUCUCCAGUUAUGAGAUGCUGGACGUAGUCGGCGAGAACUUCGGCUCUCACCUCCGUGGUAUUGCUUCUCUCCUUCAGUUGUGGCAAGUGAACGGAGAUUCACCAGGGAUAAAAGGGGUCGUUUACUGGACAUGGUAUCGAUCAGAUAUAUGGGCAGCUUUGCACGCCGGACGCCGUAUGUUUUUGGACGAACACCACUGGGAACCACGUGCGGUCGACUCAUUUGAUGAGAUGUCUCACGAAGAGAUUGCAAACCGUGCCAUGUUCCUGCUCGGACAGUGUAUAAGCUUCUGCAAUAAUGAAAAUGGUCUGGGUAGUGCGGAGACGGCAGAAACGUUGGACGCAAAACAAAGGAUGAGAACCAAAAUUCAAAAUGGCCUCGAACAAUGGAAACGAAAGCUC